AGCAGAGCCUGCGACCUCCCCGACAGCCCGCUCAAGAUGGCCGCCUGAGUGCAGAAUCUACACAUCUCCAACAAAACUAAUCCCAACAGCGAGCUUCCCCGGCAACUUUCACUGUGUUCUGGGAGAAUGAGACGACGGUACCGGCCGCGUUUGUUCCCACUUCGAAACGGAAAAUGAGCGUGGUCGUCGAAGACGGCGGCGGAGCUGUGGAAUAAAACAGAGCUGGAAUUGAAGGGGAUUAAGGGCCCUUUGUUUUAGCCCAGCAUGGACAGCUUCUUCAAGGCAGCUGUAUGUGAUCUCGACAAACUGCUUGAUGACUUUGAGCUCAAUACUGAGGAACUUGAUUGCAAAUCUGUUUUCCUGAAGCCCUCAGCGUUCCCCUUCUCCUCACUGGGCUCUCAGUGUUUAUCCUCAGAGGCGUCCACUGUCCCACCAAGCGUCCCUGACCUUAACUCUCUUCAUUAUGGUUCUGCUACCAACUGUCCCGACCGCUCCAGUGGUCACAACCACAGCACCGAUGACAGAGAGGUCAAAGGUCAGCCUCUCACUGGAGUGGACCUUCUCUCCUCUGUGGACCGUAGGCCAGCUAAAAGCUCUGCUCCUCCCUGCCCCGAUCGAUCUCUGAAACCAGUGUGUGACCUUGUGAACGACACAAGCUCGGCCAUCCUGGUCAGAACCAACAGCCACGAUGCUUUCAGCGAGCUGGACAUGGUGGAAAAGCAAAUGGAGGAGGAGGAGGCCCUGCUCGUGGACUUUAACAGCCCCGUUGUCACGGAGGAGAAAGGGGGGUUAAGCCAAAGCGUUGGCUGUAGAGACGUCAAGGAAGAGGAAGCCUCUGCAGGGACAGACGAACUGCUGAGCCUCGACUCCCAUGAUCAGAGUGGUGGAUACUCUGCCUCACUCAGUCUGCUGGACGUCAUUCUUCCGGCAGCAGUGGAGAGGAGCUGUGAGUCCACAGAUGAUUCACUGUCACUGAGGACGACAGAGUCAGCUGACAGAGAGGAGAGGGGCUGUGAGGAGGUGGCCUCUUCAAACCUAGCGGUGGAUAACUCUUUAGACCACAGUGAACCAGAGGGCACUCUGCCUGCGGAGAGCAUUAAAGAAACAACAACUACAACCUCAGUGAAUAAAGAGGACGAGUCACAAGAAGCCUCAGGUGAAGGUGAGGCAGAGUCUCCUGCAGGUCUGAAGUCUGGGGCUUCAGACAGCGAACCUGUGGGCUUAUCGUGCCUGCCCAUCGCUGUGUCCAUGUGUGGAGCUCUGGUGAAACCAAAGACCACAGAAGAUGAAUCAGAGCAAGCUCCAGAGCAGUGUGAUGAGGCAGACGUGUGUGAGAGCACAGAGGCAGACUCCCUGGCAGCGCUGGAGGCCGAUGGGUCCUGUCUAAAGGAACCUGUUUACUCGUCAGUGUCCGUGUCCCGGCUGAUCGCAGAGGGCAGGCUGUCUCCAGAGGGGCAGCAUGUCUCUCCGGAAGCUGCUCCUGCUGCCCCUGCAGACCACACCUCCUCUGAUCGCUCAGAACCCAGUCCAGUGGAUCCUCCUGAGUUUGGCUUCGAGUAUCUGCCUGAGAGUGACCAGGCGGAGCUGUUGGUCACUGAUGAAGAGCUGGAUGCAUUCCUGCAGGCGCACACUGAAGCAGAGCGGGGCAGAAGCAUCUCUUAUUGCAGCAGUUCUGGAGAUUGUACUCUGCCUGAAAGUCUCUCAGAACCAAAUGGGUAUCUAGAGAACAGGCUUGUGGAGGAGGAACUGAGAAGCUGUGGUCAAGCUAGGCGGGAGGAGGUAGAAGGUGUGGCUUUUCCGGAAAGUGACAGAACAAUGUGUGUGUCUGUAGAGGGAAGUUUUAACCCUGGUGCUCCAUCACAAUCACAGGACUCUUGCAGACCUUGCCAAGAAGAGCCAGAACUCUCCUCUGGUGCAAACCACUCUUUGACCAGCAACACUUUCCAGACCCAGCACAGUAGUAGCCCUAAUCAGCAGCCCUCCUAUGGAGGCGCGAGACCUAAACAGCUACACUGCCAAACUGCCAGAUCUCCACCAGCAGGGGAAGAAGAAGAAGAAGAAGGGGAGCAGCUUCAGACCAUCAGUGGUUUUUCAAAAGGGCCGAGUACAGCAGAGGAUGGAGAGAGUUCACCCAUCAGCCCGAGUCUUACGGAGGAGCAUUCCGACAUUAGGGAUCUGAGUCCUAUAUACUCCACUCAGGAGCAUCCGGAUUACAGUGUGGGGUAUGAUGAACUCUCAGAGCCCCCACCAUACCCUGGGGAGCCUCCCACAGAUGGUGCCAGGCCAGUGAACUGGAAGAGAGAGGGAGUGGAGGAGCUGGGGAGCAGGCAGCCUGCAUGGGUGCCAGACUCUGAAGCCCCCAACUGUAUGAACUGCUACCAGAGGUUUACUUUUACCAAGCGGCGGCACCACUGCCGAGCAUGUGGGAAGGUUUACUGUGCUGUGUGCUGCAACAGGAAGUGUAAGCUGAAGUACCUGGAGAAAGAGGCUCGCGUGUGUGUCAUCUGCUUUGAUGCCAUAAACAGAGCCCAGGCCCUGGAGCGGAUGAUGAGUCCUACAGGUCUCAGCCCAAACCCCAACGUCCCAUCUGAGUACUGCAGCACCAUCCCCCCUUUGCAGCAGGCUCGGGCCGCCGGCACUUUAAACUCACCUCCACCCACCGUCAUGGUGCCUGUGUCUGUUCUCAAACACCCAAACAACGACAGUUGUCCUCGUGAGCAGAAGCGGGUGUGGUUUGCUGAUGGCAUCUUGCCCAACGGAGAGGUGGCAGACACAACCAAGCUGUCGGUGACGAGCCGCAGGAGCUCCCAGGAGAUCAGCGGGGUCACCUCAGACCAAACAACACCUGGCCCAGCGGGGUCAGAGGUUGGAGUCAGUAGCUCCCCCACCCCUGAAGCUUCUGAUGCUGGAGAGGUGGUUCGACCUCCGGUGUCUGGACCCUGGGAUUAUGCCCUGCUUUCUGGACUCUCUUCUUCAGUUAACAGGGUUCCCAGUCUGCUGCCAGACAAUGAGGAUGAGCUGCCUCCUCUGCUCAUCACCACGGGCGAGGAUGACGGAGGAGAUGUUUUGGUUGAGGAAAGUCCUGCCCCAUGCCAGAUUCUGCACUUACUGGAGGAAGGAGGACCCCGGCCUCUGACAUUUGUUCUGAACGCCAACCUGCUAAUCAACGUCAAACUGGUCACAUACCUGAGUCGGCAGUGCUGGUGUUUUGGUUCUAACGGUCUGCAGGCGCUGGGACAGAGAGAGUUGGUGUUUCUGCUGGAGUGUUUGCCAGAGGAAAAAACUCUUCCUAAAGACCUCUUCACACUCUAUCUCACCAUUUACCAAGACGCCCAAAAAGGGAAGUUUUUGGAGGAGCUGGAUAACGUGACGUUCACAAGCAGCUUCCUGGGCAGUAAGGACCACGCUGGGAUGCUGUUCUUCUCUCCCACCUGUCAGCCUCUGGAUGGCCUCACUCUCCCCCCGCAGCCUUUCCUGUUUGGCCUGCUGAUCCAGAAACUGGAGGUGCCCUGGGCCAAAGUCUUUCCACUCAGGCUGCUUCUACGGCUCGGAGCUGAGUACGAGGUGUAUCCCACUAUUUUGACUAGUGUCCGUUUUCGGGACUCUGUGUAUCGAGAGACGGGACACACCAUUAUGAAUUUACUGGCUGACCUGAGGAACUACCAGUACAGUCUGUCAGUUGUGGAGGGCCUGAGGAUCCACAUGGAGAUGGGCCACAGCUACAUCGACAUUCCCAAAAGCAGCUUCAAUGAGAUGCAGAAGGUGGUAAACACAUCGAACGAGCACGUCAUCAGUAUCGGGGCGAGUUUCAGCUCGGAGGCCGACUCUCACCUGGUGUGUCUCCAGAGCGAGGAGGGAAGUUAUCAGACCCAGGCUAACAGCAUGCCUGGGAAGACCCGCACAGUGACCGGGGCCAGUUUCGUGGUGUUCAAUGGAGCACUGAAAGCCUCCUCAGGCUUCAUCGCAAAGUCCAGCAUUGUUGAAGAUGGGUUGAUGAUUCAGAUCCCUCCAGAGACCAUGGAGUCUCUGCGCUCUGCCCUGAGGGAGCAGACAGACUUCCACAUUCAGUGCGGCAGGAACGAUGGAGGAGAGCUCAGAGAAAAUGUCACUGUCCGCUGGGUUGACUGGAGUUCACCCAUCAACACAGGCAAAACCAGUGGCGUCGACGGGAGGCCUCUGGACGGCGUCCGCAGUGUGAGGAUGCAGCAGGACUCGGAGUUCGAGUCAGAUGGUCGCACCAUCAGAUGCACAGAGGUGUUUUACCAGUUGAAGAGUCCUGACUGCAGCCUGGAGUCCGUGCUGUCGUCCUGCAGCGUGUUUCAGAAGGAGAUGGCUUUGGCCGCCUGCAGCGCUCUGACUCCUCACCUCGCCGUUCUCACCUCCAGUGGCAUCAACUCCAUCUGCCUCCGCGUCUCCACACAGGCCGACAUGGUGGAGUACCAGGCUGGCUCUGGAGGCAGGCUCCUCCCUCAGCGCUACAUGAACGAGCUGGACAGCGCUCUGAUCCCCGUCAUCCAUGGAGGUAGCGCUAGCGUACCACAGACUGCCAUGGACAUGGAGUUCAUCUUCUACAUCACACACACUAUCUAAUGCACAUGCAGACCGUGUCACAGUCAGAGUAUGAAAAAAAAAACCCCACUGAACAGAAGGUGGUUGAGCACAGAGCGAGAAGCUGUCGACUGUGGCUGGAUGUGCUGACUCAGCAGCUAAACGUGCACCGUCACAGAGGACAGGUCGGCGCUGGGACGGCGUUUCCCACUCUGAGGUUGGAGGGACGUACGCUGAUGUGAUGUUGGUUUCCUGGUAAUGAACCGACGCACGUUUCUGCGUUUCGUGCUCGCCAAAGCCGCUUUAGUACGAGAAGCCAAACACUAAACACGGAACACGAACGACAACACGACCAAAUACAAGCAGACUACAAACCGUUCUCCUCGGCUCUGCCUUCCAGGCUCCCCGCUGGCCUCCGUCAGCUCGGAGCACCUCGGUGAAUGUUUCCCGCAGACACUCUAUCGAAAUGUCUCUCAGUUGGAUGUAUUUAUUCUAUUUUAAUACGGGCUUAUUGAAUGAAAUGAUGAUACCGAAGGAAGGGACGUUACUGAGUGCAGUAUUCAGUGCUCGAGAGGUGAUUCAUGUGAUCAGGUGCUACUGCAUCGCCACUUCACAUCCAUAUCCGGCCCCUUCUAAAAUAUGUGCAUUGCAGUGAUGAAAAGAAAUCGCAUCUCGUGUCCCCUCAGGCUACUGUCCUCUCAUUCCACCUGCUGGUUAAUGAUGAUGCUGCUGCGCAGGAGAACGAUGGGGCCUCAUGCAGGAAAUCCUCUGUGUCCACAGCUUCAGGUCAGACUCACCAAACUCUGCACGAACCUGCCGUGUUUCAGUCCACACCUGUACCUUCUGUCAAUUAAACUCCGGAUUCAUUCAGAUUAAGACAUUUUAAUUCAAACUCUGCGUUUUGUUUGGAACUAAGAGAAAAUUCAAAAUCCAUUAACAUUGAUUUAAUAACACGGAUUCUCUCAAAUCACUCGUAUGUUCCACUGAAGAACAACAAAUCUGUUCAUACAGGUGGUUCAUGCAUGAGGCCCAGUUGCGUUCAGGUGCAGCCCCGGUUGGAGUUUUACCCCCGGCUUCUCACCACAGGAGGGUAAAUAAGGGUUAUGUGGAGCUUCGGACGGCAGAGUUUUGUCGUUUUCAUUACCUGCGGUCUCUUCCUGGGAUGUUUCCGCUCAGCUCUCAGUGUCCACUCAUUCUCACUGCUUUAACAAACAGCUGUUCAGUCUCCUCUCAGCAGUUUUCACCAGUUCAAGCUCAAAUACCAAUGAUUUUCUUUACUUCGGGAGAUUUUUGGUGGUCUUCAGUGUUUCAGUCUCUGUUCAAUGAUCAGAUUUUGCACAGCUGAUGUGAUAUUUACAUCACAUUUUACAGCUCUUCAAGCUUUUUGCAAGUCAUCUCACACUUUUACUUUUUUAAAUCUAAAUAUAUAAAGUUCAGAUUUAUAACUGAACAUUCUGGGAAACAUUCACUUUCUUGCCAGGAGUUCGAUCGAUCGAUCGAUCGAUUCUGCUUUCAUGUGUGUUCAGUUAAAACGAAGCUACAGCCAAGAGGCAGGUUAGCUUAGCUUAGCUUAGCUUAUCUUAGCUUAGCAUUAAGACUGGAAACAGCUAACCAGGCUCUGUCUGUACACAACAAAAUCUUCCCACAAAAACUUUUCUUUACAGACUAAACAAACCAAACCGUGAUGGAAACAGACGUGAGAGCGGUGUCAGAGUAUUUUACCGAACAGAAAAACGUCAGACUGAUUUUCAGGUUUUAAUCAUGUCCCUUCGUUUUUUCACCAGCUUCUCGUCUUUUCCACUAAAUUUAAAGCUCGAUCAGAACUGCCAACAUGUGCUGUGGUUACAGGAGAGUCUUGUGGUUAAUAAAAAAAUGAUUUUUUAAAAUUAUUAUUAUUAAAGAAAUCAGAUUAGAAGAGUGCGGAGGUUAGCCAGGUUAGCACGUACUGUUGUCCCCAUCACCUGAAGCCUGGUCUCCGUUUUCACAUCUCCUCCUCAGCGUCUCAUUUUUCAGUCAGGAAUUUAUAAAUGAGAUCAACUGUAUGCAUAGAGAUCGUAUCAAAGACUUUUUUUUUUUUUUUUUAAAAUAUUGAAGAGUUAUUUUUGGAAUCAUUGGAAUAAAAGUUUAAAAAAAAGACGGAAUAUUUUUGAUAGGACGUAGGCCACAUUCAUUUUGCAGUGAGAGGGAAAAAAACCCAGUAGAAUAUUAAACAAAUACUGUUUUGUCAUCAGGUGGAAGGUGUCUAAUCCCACAGCGACGCAGGAAGUGCUUCAGUUUGAGACAAAAGCAGCUUCACACCAGCUGUCAGCUCUGACCUGUUCCACAGCUCUCCUCAUUUUUACUCAGAGACCAAACACAGGGUGUUCAAUGCCACUGCUCGUUAAAAUAAUCCACAAAAUGAUUUCAUCUUUUCAUCCAAUAACACAGGUGAAUGUGGUUUCUAACCCGGGACGAGCUGUUUGGCGGUGUAGAGGUGAUGAACUGUCAGAGCAGGUAAAAGUUCAGUGCACGUUUUCAGGAGGAAAAAUAAAAUGUGGUGUCAGAGAAAAAGCUGAGCUGACGAGUUUGUUCCGCCGCCACGGAACAAUGAGCGAUGUGUUCAGUAAACACUGAAAGUGUCGGACCGCCAGACACGACUCCUGUUCUCCGUUUGAGCCACAGCAGCAGGAGCUUUGGUCAAGGCUCAAACAUCUGAACAGUUACUGGGUGGAUGAUCGUGAAGUUCACAGGCAGUGGAGGGUUAAAGGAAUUUCUGUCUCAUUCACGUGUUUUUGUUUGUUUGUUUGUUUGUUUUGUUCUGAGGAGUCCGAGCGAAGGCCGAGACAAGUGUGAGCAGGAAACUCUUGAGUGUUGAUGCUCAGAAAACAGAAUUUGGGGAAAGUCAACGUGUUUCACCUGCUCGUUUCUGAACAGCUGAUUGAUCUCGACAAAGUCCGCACCACAUUGUUUUCAUUGUUUGAACUUUGGAGUUUUGGAAACAGGAAGAUUAGAAACAUCUUCCUCUGAAGUUGUUUUUUUUUUCUUUCUUCUCUUUCAGGGCCGUCAUAUUUUACAAGGUAAAUUAUUAUUAUUUUCUGUGUCAGAUGAUUAAAACAACUUUCCACUAUGUCAGAAUGAGAAGUACCUUUAUGCUUUUUGAUUUAUGUUUUCCACAUGUUGUUAUGUGUAAACCAUCUAUUUAUUCAUAAGCACCAGCUUUAUUUUGGUGAACCUGGUAUCUGGGUCCUAAUCAGUUUCUGAAGAGCUUGUGUAUUUAAAGAAUAAAAUGAGUUUUAUGAAAAAUGUU